CUGACGUUGCUCAGAGAGCAGGCAACGCAGUGAGAGACAGAUUAGUGUGGUCCUCUCUCUCUCUCGAGCCAGUGCUGCGCAAGGGGAAGGAAUGCAAGUGUGUGCUCCAGUAAACUAGGCUACUGUUGUCGUCUGAGAAAAGAGUUGACUUUGUGCGUUCUGUGCGCUGGGCUGGGACAGGGACAAGGCGAGGCGCGCGUGUGUGAGCAGAACAUGGGUCAUCACAACAGUUUACUUAAUCAUGAUCUUCCUCCACAUUAUGGGACCGUAGGAACGCAGUCUGUGUGAUCCCCUUCCGUUAUUUGAUCGUUUCUGGUUCUGGGAAACUUUGGCCAGCUGUUGAAAUGGAGAUGAUAACUUUCAUGUUGGCGAGCCUUGCCCUCCUGAAUAUCAGGGGCAACAUUUUCACCAGGUAAGAUUUACCCUAGUAUAGGCUACAGCUCUUUUGACUGGGGUUACGGAGGAGACUUUCCCAGAAGCUUUACUAAGGAUUUAAUUUAAUUGAAAAAUGCAUUUUAUUUUUGUUAUUUUGGAAUAGCCUAUAUUAUUAAAUUAGGGACCAUUUUUCGAUUCAAUAAUAGCCUACUUUGCCCUUAUUUUGUAGGUCAGCUGUUGCUAUGUUCUGAUUUAAUAAGCACAUUGAGCCUAUAGCAUCUGUUUCUGAUGUGGCCUAGAUAAUGUUUUGAUGGAAACUAAUUCCUAACCUACCUGUUUUGGAUUUGUCCAAUUUGCGUAAAAUGAGCUGAUUACAAAUAAAUUCUAAAACCUGAGGACUUCUCUGCAAUAGCAGAGGAAUAGCCUACUCAAUGCCAACAUACUGUAUGUAGCCUUUGAGCAGUUAGUCACAGCUUUAGUGCUGUGGGACCAAUCAUCAACAUAGGCACAAAUGCUGAUCAUAAGUUCAUAGUAAAGAUAAGGAGAUAGAGGCAAUCGAAAGUGGAUAUGUGGUAUUUAAUGUAACAUUCUAUGAUGUGUGAUAGAUUUGUGUACAAUGUCACACCAUAACUUAAAAUGAGUUGUUAAUAACAAUGAGAUGAUUAUAAUAACAGCGUGUUGUUACAUUGUCAUUUUGUAAUGGAUUUUUCAUUGCAUUGUAAUGAAAUUGAGUGGUCUUUGUUAUAACACAAGUGGAAUAAGGAACAGUCCCUAUAUACACUCUUGUACUUACAAAAAUCAGUCUACCCCAUAAUAACUAUACAUUGACAAUGCAAAUACUAUGCAAUUGCUACCUCCACAAGGUUAUUGUAAUAGUCAAUUUCCAUCAAUUUUUGCAAGUUGCCUCUGCCAGUAUGGUGACAUCAGAGUGACACACAUCCAUCCUGGUUGUGUCAUUGCAACAGUCUCUAAACCGUAAACUGUUGAGGUAUGUUCAGUUACACAAGUGUUGCAAACUGUCCCAGGUCAAAAUGUUGUACAAGGUUGUGAAUCCUGGUAGCCUCCUGCCACUCCUGACAACAUAUACCAGCAGAGGGUGUAAUUGUUAUUAGAAUGUGAUCUUUCACAGUUUUUUCUGAGAUGUGUGUGUGUUUCUAAUGAAAAUGUCAAAUUGAAGAUAUAUUGUCCUCGCUUCGUGAUCUUGAUGCCUUAGCAUUCUUUCUGCCACUAUACGAUCCCCCACAUUUUUCAUUUGUGAGUGUUUUGGAGUAGCAAUCUGACAGUACCUCAUCUCUCAUUUCCAAACCUUUUAGAAACAAAAUUCAAACAUUUUCUUGAACAUUGCUACUUGACGAUGUGUUUAAAAAAAAUUUGAAAUGCCAGAAUCAGGUCUGGCAAAAUAUUUCACUACCUUUGGUGUGAGUCACAGCUGUCCAUAAAUGGAUUCAGGUGACAUGCACCAUAGCCUUGGUUGUGAUAAUCCUUAGAAGUAACCCACUUACUGGAUAAAUCCUCUUCACUAUAAUAAUGCAUUUACACAGGCAGCUCAAUUCUGAUCUUUUGCCCAAUUAUUGACAAAAUAGUUGAACUGAUUGGUCAAAAGACCAAUUAGUGGAAAAAGAUCGGAAUUGGGCUGCCUUUGUAAACACUGGAUAAAUCCUCUUCACUGUAAGGCUGCAUUUACACAGGCAGCUCAAUUCUGAUCUUUUGCCCAAUUAUUGACAAAAAAGUUGAUCUGAUUGGUCAAAAGACCAAUUAAUGGAAAAAUAUUGGAAUUGGGCUGCCUGUGUAAAUACAGCCUAUUUAGGGCAACUGUUUAAAUGGCAGACAGUUUUCACUGAAAUGUGAUCUUACAUUUUUUUCUGUCGCAUUUUUGUCGUUUUAAAAUAUUUAACAUUUAGGAUUAAGGUUUCAUAUAGUGUGUCCUGUAAUGGAGUUUAUUUUACUCACACGAGGCCUAGGCCUACUAUGUUUUAGUAAAAAAAUGGGUGGUUGUUGCAGUACUACUGGAAGUAGUCCAGAGAUGCAAAGUUGAAAGAUGUUCAAAGAAAAAUAUCACAAAUACUCAAAUGUGAGGUUGAAUUCAUUCUUGUUGGCUUACUGGGCUAGCAGUGGCAUAGUCAGUGACCUUUUGCCUUCUCUUGGCAGUCUCUUAUGCCCUACUGGAAGACAUGGCGGCCCCAUAGGUUAGAUGCCAAAUGGCUGCGGGACCAGCAGUGGAACAAAACACAGUUACACUACAUUGGGUUUGUGGUGGAAAGGCCACAGUGCGUAGAGAGAGUUUUCAGCUUAAAGAGGCUUUAGAAUGAAUUAUUUUUUUUUUUUUUUUUUUUUUUUUUUUUGGAAAUGACAGAGCUUGUAUGUGCCAUAUCAAUGCAAUGCCACCAUUUCAUGCCUGUACAGUUUCUCUACUGAUUGACAUUUAAAAGGCUGCAGAUUUAAUUACCCAGCUUUACGUGCUGUCAACAUUCAGGAUUUACAACAAAAAACGCAAGGAUGACUAGUGCUAUUCUCUUCUCUGUUCUCAGGUACAAAUUGAUGUCAUUGUAUGAAGCUAAUUAAGCUUGUUAGUGCUGGGGCUACAUUACAAAGCUUUUAUAUUUCUAUCCGAGGCAAGAAAGUCUGCUCCUUUUGUGUUUUGUCUCCUUCACCUCUGUGAAGUGGCUGUAUCUGAAAUGGCACCCUAUUCCCUUUAUUGUGCACUAACCAUGUCAAUAAGUAGUGCACUAUAUUAUAGGGAAUAGGGUGCCAUUUUGGACAUAACCAGUUUGUUAUAGCUAGUAAACAGAUGGUUAGCGAAGCAGGGCCUCGGGAGAUCCUGCUAAUGAACUGAAAUUAAAGACUAAGAGGAACAAUAUCGAUGGGAAAUUGACUUUGAACUCUUUGAACAGAGAGUGGAGGGGUGAGAGAGCGGGCCUCGCACGUUUACAGAAACCCCCUAGAGACCAAUCAAACGCUCGGUUCUAUUAGCAUUUUAUGACAUCACAUUUCCUUUACUGAGGGCAUAAUGUGUAGCCUGUGGUGUGGUGCUAUACACCGCACUGGAGUUACUAUAGGUAGACCUACAAGAGCAAGUCAGCAUGUAGCCAUUAGCCAAGACACCACCACUUUAAACAGGUCCCAUCACUUUAUUAGUUAGGUUAUUAAGUUAGAACACCUAGUUGUUGAAGAGGAAGGCCACAAAUGGAGGCACCUCUGGGAUAUUCCAAUAUCUAUAGCAUACCAGUUAGAAUGAAGAAAUGUAUUGGGCAUGCACUCUAAAUAAGUGGUAUGCUACUGUGGAUAUUGGAAUUUAGUCAGGCUGUUUUAAUAUUUUUCAUUUGCUUACAUCUUUACAGGACCAACAAAACCAAAAUCCAGAGUACUGUAACACACUUUGUUAAACUCUUUGGAUUUUGUUUACAUGGCAUAUGGUCUGCACAGCCACAUUUCUAUUUGACCUCACAGGUUCAGCACAUUGUGAGUUUCUAAAAAUAUGAUUUCAAUCACUUUCUCAUUGCACCCCUUUUGAUUUGAACGAAACCUUCCAUACAUGCCCACAGUAGAAGUGGUCAGAAAGUGACUUUUUGGACCUGAAUGCCAAAACAUUCAGGAGAUAGAAGUGCUCAAAGUUGACCCAUUUUGCAUACCCCACCCUACCAUGAGACAUCCAUGUGUUCAUCACUGAAAAAGAUAAAUGGUUGAGUUUGAUAUAAUUUGAAAGUGUACAAACAGGGUUGUCAAACUGUUUAAUGAUAAUUCAUUAGAUAAUUUAUUUUAUUUUAAUUAUGUCAUUUUUUAAGCUUUAAUGUCAAUUAUUCAAGAGUAUGCUGUGUCUCAACUGUGUCUCAACCGAUGACGGGCACAACACAAACACCUCAGAUGUUAUAAAAUAGCUACACAUUUAUGAAAAUUUGAAAAAUCUGAGUUGACACGUUUUUAGAUAAUUAAUGUUAAAGCUUAAAAAACGUUUUUUCUUUUUAAGAAAUCAUAGAAGAGUUUGGCAACCCUGUUUCUAAGCUUUCAAAUGAUAUCAAACUCAACCGUUUAUGUUUUUCAGUGAUGAAGACAUGGACGUCUCAUGGUAGGGUGGGGUAUGCAAAAUGGGUCAACUUUGAGCACUUCUAUCUCCUGAAUGUUUUGGCAUUCAGGUCCAAAAAGUAACUUUCUGACCACUUCCAUCAUCGGCAAAUAUUUAUGGAAGGUUUAGUUCAAAUCAAAAGGGGUGCAGUCAGAAAUGGAUUGAAAUCAUAUGGAACGCCCCAACAGCUACCUCUGAAUAUAGAAGCCGCUAAUUAGGCUAGUGAUAGACUACAGAUGUCGAUCACACGGAGCCAGUUCAUUUGAUGUAUUAAUUCAGUCAAUGUUCUCAUCUAUUUAUGUCAUAGGAUGUGAUUAUAACCCAAAAAUACAGGCGCAAAAACACAUUCCAUGGUUUUAAAAGACAAAAGACAAAAAUGGCUGGUACAUUUUAGGGGUAUGUUUCAGUUACUAUGUAACGACUAUGAACAAAGGGGUAACAUAUCAAAAGGGCUUUAUUUGUUUGAAUGUUGUUUGUUGAAGCACCUCUGCAUGUUCUGAGUGCUGUCUGUCCUCUUACAAUACUCUCUCUUGUCUCUUUUGAAACCAGGGGUCUGUUCAGGAGAGUGCAAUGUUACUCAACUUUAUUAAACUAGACAUGCAUUUCUAACACGUAUCAAUAUGAUUGUCAGUCAGGUAGAAUAAGGAUUUUUUUUCUCUAUUCAUUAAAUCUCUAACUGCAACGUUUUGAACAUUUUACAUCACUAAAUACAAAAGUUAGAUCAGAUUCAGAGUGAGACUCUUGGCCCUGUGUCUAAUCAGUGCAUCAGUCCAACAGUCCUACAAUAUAUACAGAGCCCUCAUAGUAGCGAACACUGCCUCCUGGUGGUCCGUUUCUGUGUGCACCGUGUCCAGUCAGAAGCAGCACAUAGAAGAUCAGGGUCAGAGUAGGAGUGCUGAUCUAUGAUCAGUUUAGCCUUUUAUAUUAUAAUUAAUAAUAUUUCAUAGACAAGACGAGAUUACAUAGAUAGGGCCUGAUCCUAGAUCUGCACUACUACUCUGAGACGCUUCAUGAGUAUGGGUCUUGAAGCUGAGAACACAAGUCAAGGGUUUAUGAACUGCAACUUUAGUCCUGAAAUGUGUGGAAUAUGAAGCUCUCAAGUGAGAUAGCUUUGUUCAUUAUUCCAAAAUCCCUACUGGAUAAUAGGCACUUUAUAAUAAUGUAUUAUUGUGAUAAGUUUGCUAUUUUCUUCCAUUUCCACCAAGGAUAAUUGCAUGCCCACCGAUAGCAAAUCUAUGUUCAACAUGAAAAUGCUACUUUCUCCUGUUUAAUACUAUCUUUGCCUCUCUAGCUUUCUUCCUUCAGGGCUUCUCCAGUGCUGCGGUUGCAGAGUGCUAAAGUGUGCUGUGUUUGUUCCCUAUAGGGCCAUGCUGAGUGACAUUGGGGAUUAUAUAGGUUCAGACAUACAAAUAUCCUGGUUGCCUAAUCUGGAUGAGUUAAUGAAGGGCUAUGCGCGAAAUUUUCGCCCUGGGAUAGGAGGUGAGUAUGGGAUCUACUGCUCGUGGCAUUGGAUUGCAUUUCACCCCCUCACAUUUACAGUCAUUCUUAGCAUAGCAGGAACCAGGUAUAUAGGACCUAAUCGUUUUGAAAAUCAGACUCAAAUGAUUUUGACUCCUCCCAAAUUCAUCAUAUUAAAUUCCCCUGCCCCCAAGAAAGUGCAUUUUGUCAUUUUUAAAUCCUAUUUGAAAUAAAUAUUUACCCCUAUGUAAAUAAGAUGUUUGAAUCUAUUAAAAGCAUUUGUGUUUGAACGUGACGCAAAAGAUUACAAACAAAAGCAAUUAAGCAUUGGAAUUAGUUUGCGGAAGGGAUUAUUUAAAUGAUGCUUUGGAAAUGGAAGACGUGCGUAGUGUUGCGAGAGAAAAGAAAGGAGCAUUGCUGGAGAAUGCCUUUGCUAAGAAUGCCUGCCAAAUGUGAAAUAUCCAAUGUCCACAGCGUUAGAUUUCUCAACCUGACAGCUUAACUCAGCUAAGCAGAGGUGAAAAAGCAUUGUCGAUAUAAGAACCACCACCACCACAAUGUCAGGCCUUGUGAACCAGCAACAAGGCUACUGCAGCCAACCACCAACACUUCCACACACCUAUAGCUCAAUAUUAUGCUCAACAAUGAUGUAGUCCCACUCUCUCCUUACUUCCUCUUAUAAAUAAGAUAAGAUAAAAUCUCCCUCAUAUAUUAUUUAUGUGCUAAGACAGCUACCAUAAAGCCCAACUGAUGGGCUAUCUAAGGCCAUUGAAGAAUCAUAUACAUCAGUUUGUGGGGUCUUACUCUGUCUAUUCAACUCAAAUUAGAAGGAAAGUGGUGCUACGAUAGGUGUCUAGAAUUUAUACAAAGAAGUGUAACUGAGCCUCUCACAAAGGGUCACUAUUCAAAAUGAGCUAGGUUUUAGUGACAGUCUAAGGGAUUAUGGAUUGCAGUUAGUUUUAAAAUCCUCCAAAGUGAGUUUCAUUGACUUUGACUGUCCUCCCACUUGUCAAUGCUGAUGACUGCUAUCUCUAUGGUGGGUAGGAGAAUGGCUAUAGAAUACAAUUUGACGUAAAUGGUUAUGGGAUAAGUGCUGAAUGGCGGAGAAUGGUAAUGUAUGAUUCCUUAAUGUUCCGAAUAAAUAGCCUUUCAGUUCUGCUUCGGUGAUCCUGAUCUCCCUCCCUUUAGAUUUCCUCCAAGUAUCCACAAUCUCAGCAGCACAAAUCAUGCUAAUCAUCGAGCAAACUACAAAAGAAUGCUAGCUAUGUAUGCGCUUCUAAAUACAACACCACUGCGCAAGCCCACGAGACCCCCAAUGUCAUGUUUAUGAAUGUACAUAGUGCUAUGUCACUUCCAGUAGAGCAAUGUUAAGUUGGGUGGCCGUUGAUCCUUAUCUAGGGUUGUCUUAGGGAAGGAGGGGUGGAGGGAGGGAGGGAGAGAGAGAGGGAGGGAUUGUUUUCUUUUCUCACUUCUUUUCCCACAGGCCCACCCGUGAAUGUUGCCAUGGCUAUUGAAGUAGCCAGUAUUGAUCACAUCUCUGAAGCCAACAUGGUAAUGUAUAAAUUCACCUGCAGGCCUUUAUACAAAAUGGUUGCCAUAUUUCACUGCUACUGUACUGUUGCAGUAAAACUCAAUGUGAAACUACCACUUAUGCGUCAUCCACAUCAGCCAAUAGGGAUUCAGUCAGAGCAUGCAUCUUAUGAAAGGUAUCCUUCCUUCCUCCCUUGAGGUAUUCAACAGAUUCAACCAGGUUGGAUUGGUGAAAAGCAAUAGUCUUGUAACCUAUAUUUCUCUUAACCAAUACCGUUCAGAUCAGUGAUUACCCAAGGGAAGGUAUUAAAGGACACAUUUGAAAAGUAUUGAAACAGGCCCUUUAUCCAUCUUCUUUUCUCCUAGUUACAGUACUGCCCUAAGUCUCAACGUGAUCCACCACUCGGUCUCGUACCAGAGUUGGCAAUGCCCUUGGCUCAGCUUUGUCCCUGUGUGUGUCUGUGCCUGUGUGUCUGUCUGUCUGUCUGUGUGUGCAUGUGCCUGCUCUUGUUUUUACCGUGUGUUACUGCUUGGCAGGAGUACACCAUGACCAUUUUCCUGCGUCAGAGCUGGCGGGACGACCGCCUGUCCUACAACCAUACCAACAAGACCCUGGGGCUGGACAGCCGCUUCGUGGAUAAACUCUGGCUGCCCGACACCUUCAUCGUCAACGCCAAGUCCGCCUGGUUCCAUGACGUCACCGUGGAGAACAAGCUGAUUCGCCUGCAGCCUGAUGGGGUCAUCCUUUACAGCAGCCGGUUAGGAGGGGGAGAGUGGGGAGGGGAGUGGAAUGAGGGGAAGAGGGGGAGGAGAGAGGAGUAGGGGGUAGGGAGGAGAGGGGGGAGGAGGGGGAGAGAAAGUGGAGGGGGAGAUGGGAAGAGGAGGUGGAGAGGGGGAUGGUUGAGAUGAGAAGGGGGAGAGAGGGUAGAAGGGUAAGAGAGAGAGGUGGAGAUAAUGUGUGAGGGGUAGGAGCAUAGAUGAAGUAGGAAAGACAGAGGAGAAGGAUGAAAGGAGUAGGAGAGAUGGAAGGCAUGGGGAGGAGGGAGAGUAGAAAAUGGUGUGGGCUGGAGAGGCCCUUAAACGAUUGAUUUGCCGUGGCCUGAAGUUAAGGCUAUAUAAUGCCUAAUGAUAAUGUCAAAGUGAGAAUGACUAGGGCCUACCGUUACGGGUCAAGUUACCAUUGUGGUUGACGUGGGUGUUUACUAAAUGACUUGUUCUCCUCUCAGGAUCACCUCGACUGUGGCGUGUGACAUGGACCUGACCAAGUACCCCAUGGAUGAGCAGGAGUGUAUGCUGGACCUAGAAAGCUGUGAGUUGACUUGUAUUACUAAUAUAGACUUGUAUCUACUUAUAUGAUCUCAAUACCUGUAGUCUGUCAUGUUUCCUACCACUCUUAACCCUUUGAUGCGUAUGAUCACAUAUUUGUGAUCAUUGUUGAGUGGUCCCUGCAGCGUACCAUUGCAAAUAUGUGAUUGGAACAGUAGCAACAGAACGUAUGAGGCAACAAACGCGUCUAAACAGCAUUGUUGUCUGAAAAGCAUUUAAAAACUGUUUUGUACUGAUGGGAAAUAAAGGUCUUCAGAACUUUAUUCCUCAAUUUCACCUUUUAUUGUCAAAGAUAAAUGCAAACUUCCUCAUCCAAACAUCACACGGAACACAUCCACAGCCAAACUCAUUCCAUAAACCAGUCUAAAUAACAGGUUGCGCUGACAAAAAACUAAACAUAAGUUAGCGACCUAACAGCUAGACUUGUUUACAAUGUACCACAUCUCUGGUGAGCACAAGGGAUAAAUGUAAUAUUGUUUCGAAAAGAGAUGUGUGUCAGCUAAGCCAACAGCAGCUACAUUCUUUAUGAUGGCAGCCAUGUUUGUUUAUGUUUGACAAGCGAAAACUCCCUAAUCCUAGAAUGCCAUUCACUAUAAGACGCAAAUAAACAAAGUUAAAGUCAAAGAUGGCUGAGCCCAUUGCUGGAAAAAUAUUAACUUAGUUUGGCCACUUUUCAGCACAUUACAAAUCUUCGAUGUACUUGUUACAGUGUAUACAAGAAGCGGAGCACAUGAUUUGACAAGUUGUUUACCGUUUUUGACAAAUCACAAAGCAAAUAAAAUGUUAGCACCUCACAGAUCAUCACCCCAAAUACAAGCCUACUGCCUAGCCUAACCGUAGCGUGAAAGCUAAACAGGAAUGACAUCAUGAUUUGGCCUCAUAUUCUUUCGAGUUCCCAGUUGUCUUGAAAGCACUAUAAGUCAGUCGAGUGAACUAUCCCUUCACCUCGUUUUGUUAUAACAUCUUUGGUCUGACAGACGCUUAGGUGACAACCAGAAUGCAUUGUAUGAUGUCAACAAACAUGGCGCCACACAUAGCUGGCAAAUAGCUUAGCAUUAGCUCAUCAUAAUCAGUACAACCUUCAAAAAAGUAUUUUACACACAUCAUGUGUCCAUUAAAAUCUAUACAAGAAUCGGAAUGCAUGAUUUGUCACCAGUACUUGAAAACGUGAAUAAAACAGUAAAUACAUUAUGCUCCAUACAUACAUACUGUAUGCUACAAUAGAAACAACAACACAAUAUACAGAAAAUAAGGCACUUACUUUGAUAGGAAUGCACACAUGUCCAAAGUUAUUAUUUGUAAGGAAAACAACAAUGAAGGCAAUGCGGGCGCCAGCCAGAAAAUGUGCCAAGGGGAAAAAGUUUUGUACAAGGCCUGUUCUGACUAGAGAUGCGCUAUGUCUUCAUGCUUGAAAUGGGCUACUUAUUAUGUAAAACACCUGAUCUCCCAAGUCUGGAACAGUCUCUUAUUAAACUUAAGGGAUCAAAACCUGUAGGCUGUAGCCUGCUCUACUGAGAAAACAGAAGAGGACAGGAAAACACUUUAGACUACUCCCAGUGUCUGUAGAGCUACAUGUCGGCCAUAAUAUAAAGGGAAAUUGUGUACCACAAGUACCAAAAGCAAGGCUAGGGUCAAUGCCAUACACAUACAUUUAAUAUUCCAAUGAUGCUCCAUUGUUGUUGGGCCGAAUGUUGUUUGUUUGUUGACUGCUUGUUUGUUGACUGUUUGUUUGUUGACUGUUUGUUUGUUGACUGCUUGUUUGUUGACUGUUUGUUUGUUGACUGCUUGUUUGUUGACUGUUUGUUUGUUGACUGUUUGUUUGUUGACUGCUUGUUGACUGCUGGUUUGUUGACUGUUUGUUCCAGAUGGCUACUCCUCAGAGGACAUUGUGUACCACUGGUCUGAGAGUCAGAUACACAUCCACGGACUGGACAAACUGGAGCUCUCCCAGUUCACCAUCAUCGACUACAAAUUUGUCACGGAGACGAUGAACUUCAAAUCCGGUGAGCUUCCCCCACCUAUCCUUGUUUUGCUAUCACCAUGGUUACUGUACUUAACAGCCAGUGGGAUGUCUGUGAAAUAUCUCUUCAUUUUUAUACAGAGGACUUUUUAACUAAUAUGUUUUGAACGCAGACACCUCUGAGGGUAUCUUCUAUGCACGGACAGAAUGGCUCAUGUUAUUCAGAGAAGAGUAGAUGAUAUGUUAUGACUUUUUGAAUUGGAAAAUCUGGUAUGGCCAGAGGAGGAUGUGCCCCCUCCUCUGAGUCUGGUUCCUCUCAAGAUUUGUUCCUUCUAGGGACAUUUUCCUUGUAACUUGCUUUUUGGGGUCUUGGUCAGGUUACUGUAGGACUUUGUGACAAUUGUUGAUAUAAAAAGGGCUUUAUAAAUCAUUUUGAUUGAUUGACUGAUUGAAAAGCUAAUGCUGGUGUACUUUUUUCACUCCAAGCCGGACGUUUCCCGCGGCUCAGCCUUCGCUUCCAGCUGAGACGUAACAGAGGCGUUUACAUCAUCCAGUCUUACAUGCCCUCCAUCCUAUUGGUCGCCAUGUCCUGGGUAUCCUUCUGGAUCAGCCAAACAGCAGUCCCGGCUCGGGUAUCCCUGGGUUAGUAUCACGUUAAGAGUAUUCUGUUAGUGAUAUUGGGGGCGUAGUCUGCAAACUAGUCGGCCUGGAAUGCGGCUAUUAGCUUGCUGUGGGUAUGUUAGUAGAGAUAUGACAGUGAAAACACAGAUUAAAUGAGACAGCAAUAAUUCAAAGUGAACUGAAUGCGUCUACUUUUAUGUUGUGAAAGAUACGUUGACCUAGAAUUUGAAGAAAAUAAAGUGCAUUAUCAUUGAGAAGUAUAUUCAUAGGAAUGUGAUAUACCUGACGACAAAUUAUAUUUGAUUAAUGAAAAAGGUGAAACCCUCAUCACAGUUCAAGUUGUAGAUUCUUAUCUUAGGUUGUUUGUGGUGUGUAAACCAAAAACAAUCCUUAAUAAAUAUAAAAAAGAGGAAGAAAAUGUAUUCCAUCUUAAAGGUGCAAUCAGCAGUUGCUACAUCAGUUUUUGGACUUAUAAAUGAAAUAUUUGUACCCAUUGAUUAUUGAAGAAUAUAACUUAUACAUGCCUCAUGAGCUUAGUUCAACUGUCGUACCCCAUCAGAACCCAAAAUACAAGCUUGUUUUUUACGCCAAUGUUUGUAAACAAUGUAAAUGUAAACAAACACUAUAUGGCCUCAUAACAUGGUUAAAACUAUACUUUUGAUAUCAUAGGUAGUCAGUCCUUGCAUCCAUAGCUCUGUCUAUGUCAUUUUUCCAGCCCCAUCCCUCAGCUUUUUACUGAAAUAGGGGCGGGGAUUACGAUUAUUGUUUCUACUACUGAUUGCCGCUUUAAAAAAGAUAGAAUUGAUUUCACUUUCACUUUUAAUUUAUUUCACUUAAACGAUUCCUCUUUUCUAUUCAAAACACAAAUGUAAUUUCCAUAUAUAUUUUGGUAAAGGGAUCACCACUGUGCUCACCAUGACAACUCUGAUGGUGAGCGCCCGCUCGUCCCUCCCCCGAGCCUCAGCCAUCAAAGCGCUGGACGUCUACUUUUGGAUCUGCUACGUGUUUGUGUUCGCCGCGCUCAUCGAGUACGCCUUCGCUCACUACAACGCCGACUACAGGCUCAAAGAGAAGGCCAAGAGCAAGGCCAACAAGAUGAGCUCCGAGGUAAGAAGGGAGACCAACGCUUUCCCAACUGGUGUUUCCCAAAGUUUAGUGGUAGGCCCGUUCCUCAUUUGACCCAUUUGUACCACAACAUUCAUUCAAUGUUCACAUAGUGUUCAAGGGACAUUGGGUUGACACAAUAGGUGCAAAAAAUGUGAGUAGGAACCUACAAGCACUUGCAUUUUGAACAUGCAGAAUUUCCUUUGGGUGCCUUUGUUGUGAGGUAAAGAUACUUCACAAAGGAAUUGAUUGCCUUUCUCUAUUGACAUACAGUACCAGUCAAAAGUUUGGACACACUUACUCAUUCAAGGGUUUUUCUUUAUUUUUACUGUUUUAACCAGACUCAGAGGAGGGGGCACAUCCUCCUCUGGCCGUACCAGAUAUAGAAUAAUAGUGAAGACAUCAAAACUAUGAAAUAACACAUAUGGAAUCAUGUAGUAACCAAAAAAGUGUUAAACAAAUCAAAAUAUAUUUUAUAUUUGAGAUUCUUCAAAUAUCCACCCUUUGCCUUGAUGACAGCUUUGCACACUCUUGGCAUUCUCCCAACCAGCUUCACCUGGAAUGCUUUUCCAACAGUCUUGAAGGAGUUCCCACAUAUGCUGAGCACUUGUUGGCUGCUUUUCCUUCACUCUAUGGUCCGACUCAUCCCAAACCAUCUCAAUUGGGUUGAGGUUGGGGGAUUGUGGAGGCCAGGUCAUCUGAUGCAGCACUCCAUCACUCUCCUUCUUGGUAAAAUAGCCCUUACACAGCCUGGAGGUCUGUUGGGUCAUUAUCCUGUUGAAAAACAAAUGAUAGUCCCACUAAGCCCAAAUCAGAUGGGAUGGCGUAUCGCUGCAGAAUGCUGUGGUAGCCAUGCUUGUUAAGUGUGCCUUGAAUUCUAAAUAAAUCACAGACAGUGUCACCACCAAAGCACCCCCACACCAUAACACCUCCUCCUUCAUUCUUUACGGUGGGAACUACACAUGCAGAGAUCAUCCGUUCACCCACACUGCGUCUCACAAAGAUACAGCUGUUUGAACCAAAAAUCUCCCAUUUGGACUCCAGACCAAAGGACACAUUUCCACCGGUCUAAUGUCCAUUGCUCGUGUUUCUUGGCCCAAGCAGGUCUCUUCUUAUUAUUGGUGUCCUUUAGUAGUGGUUUCUUUGCAGCAAUUCAACCAUGAAGGCCUGAUUCACACAGUCCCCUCUGAACAGUUGAUGUUGAGAUGUGUCUGUUACUUGAACUCUGUGAAGCAUUUAUUUGGGCUGCAAUUUCUGAGGCUGGUAACUCUAAUGAACGUAUCCUCUGCGGCAGAGGUAACUCUGGGUCUUCCAUUCCUUUGGAGGUCCUCAUGAGAGCCAGUUUCAUCAUAGCGCGUAAUGGUUUUUGCGACUGCACUUGAAGAAACUUUCAAAGUUCUUGUAAUUUUCCGGAUUGACUGACCUUCAUGUCUUAAAGUAAUGAUGGACUGUCGUUUCUCUUUGCUUAUUUGAGCUGUUCUUGCCAUAAUAUGGACUUGGUCUUUUACCAACAGAACUGAUUGGCUCAGACUCGUUAAGAAGGAAAGAAAUUCCACAAAUUAAGGCACACCUGUUAAUUGAAAUGUAUUCCAGGUGACUACCUCAUGAAUCUGGUUGAGAGAAUGCCAAGUGUGUGCAAAGCUGUCAUCAAGGCAAAGGGUGGCUAUUUGAAGAAUCUAAAAUUUAAAAUAUAUUUUGAUUUGUUUAACACUUUUUUGGUUACUACAUGAUUCCAUAUAUGUUAUUUCAUAGUUUUGAUGUCUUCACUAUUAUUCUACAAUGUAAAAAAAAUAAAAAAUAAAGAAAAACCCUUGAAUGAGUAGGUGUGUCCAAACCCUUGACUGGUAGUGUAUCUCUCUCUCUGCUUCUCCAGUCGGUCGUGAAGAAUGGGAAGCAGGCCAUGGUGCUCUUCUCCCUGUCCGUGGCUGGAAUGAACCAGGGCCUGAUGGUGUCCAGCCGCCGUCCGCAGCGCUCCGGCACCGAGACUGCUGAGGAGGAGGACGGGGAGCCCAGGAGGGGGCGGGGGGCCAGAGCAUCAGAGGAGAGAGAAGAGGAUAAGAAGUGCUGUAGUUGUUGUUCCAAGUGCUGUUGCGCUUGCAAGCCCCUCCAAGCCGACACCAUAGAUGUCUAUGCCAGGGCCGUGUUCCCUGCCACCUUCGCCAUCGUCAAUGUGAUCUAUUGGGUGGCGUACACCAUGUGAGUUGGGAGGACUAAGGAUGGACAGGCUGGCACCGCCAAGGACGGGAGUACUGUACAUAGAGGAAAUUCAUGCCGCUUUAAAUUCUGGGACUUAUAAUAUAGGUUGCACCGAUGUAAACAAGGCUUCCUUAAGAAGAACUGGAUUUGUAUAAUAUGUUGAAGUAAGGACCAGGUAAAUAGCAGAUAAAAUACAGUAGAUGGACGAACAAAAUCAGAUCAGGUAUAUGGACAUGUUCUGAUGUACAUGUUAUGUACAAUGGAGCCUUGAGUGGUCGUCAAUGUCUUAUCCUGAGUGAGGUUCACUGUAUGAUAGCCCAGCUAGUGACUUUUAUCUCCAAAAACCUCCACUAGCCACCCUACCCCUACUGUGGCAAUCCCCUUAGAUACUGAUUGCUAACCCACUAAACCACAGCAAUGGACUGACGUUCAGCUAUAUCCUGUUACUGUACAUGUAUGAACUCUGCUCACACCAGCAACAUACACAGCACACUAAUGUAUCAUUGCUGAAAACUAAUGUGCACAACAAUUGCUGUUCGCUUAACUCACAAACACAUCUCAUGUGAUGGACAAACUGUUGAAAACAAGAAACUGUCCAAACUAUGAGGUGUAGACUAUUAUGCUGCAGGGCUUAUUCUCCCCAACCCACCUCCUCCCCUCCACCGUCCCACCUCCUCCCCUCCACCGUCCCACCUCCUCCCCUCCACCGUCCCACCUCCUCCCCUCCACCGUCCCACCUCCUCCCCUCCACCGUCCCACCUCCUCCCCUCCACCGUCCCACCUCCUCCCCUCCACCGUCCCACCUCCUCCCCUCCACCGCCCUACCUCCUCCCCUCCACCGUCCCACCUCCUCCCCUCCACCGUCCCACCUCCUCCCCUCCACC